AUGGAGAGGCUUCCAAUCGUCGACCUCGGGGAGAGAGAUCUCCGGUGCAAACGACUGGCUUCCGGUCUAAUCGAUCUCACCCUUAGCAAUGAUGGCCUCGUGUGGUCUGCGAAAGUGCUAUCACCAAUGGCAACACCUCUAAAUAAAUUAUAUCCACUGGAAAUACGUGCAGUCGACAAGGACGCGACAGAAGCACCAAAAGAAUGUACUCCGCGCGAACUAGGGCAAUUACGCACUGUUCUACCGAGAGCUUCAAAAGCUAGAGCGUACGAGAUAGCUUACAAGAGCCAAAGUUCUUCACAAUUUACAUUAAGGGUCGAGCCGAUUCAAGAGUCGCUCAAUAACCAAACGUCACGCUCGCGGCAACAAAAAAGUACGUUCCCGCAUAAAAUCAAUCUAGCUUUAGCAGUGCCGUCCUAUGCAAAUUAUCCAAGUUGCCAUAAUGGUAUAGUGGAAAUUGCUGGGAAAACGCACCCAUACGAGCUAUGCUUCAACGAAGAUUGUCGCAAGUUUGUAGGCGAUGGCAUAGCUAUGACUUAUGAGCUGCCUAUCUCGCCGCUUCAUAAUGCAACCAACGUUACCAUCAACUACAUCAACAAUGAAGGGCCAAUGGUCUUUACAACUAUUUGCGCAAACCCUGAGUUUUGCUCAAAAUCAAAUUCACUAUUCAGUCCAUCAUUAUUAGGCAAUCCCCACUGCUGGCCGGUGGGUGCUAUUGUAAGUCCAGGGAUAGCCAGCCUUCAACUAACAUUCAAAUCAAUUGUAACAAUACCACUCAUGCUGAAAAUAUUAAUCUUCAUUCCUGGAACCCUAGCGCCUCUGAGCGGUGGCCUGCUUAUCACAUUGUGCAUAACUUUAGCGGCUAUUUGUAAAGGUGCAGCAGCCUGCCAACAUGGCUUUACAAGGCAUGCGACUGAUAUCAUCUGUAACCAGGAUGGAAUUUGCAGCUACGAAUUCAGCAGGGAGUUUCUAUUCAAUAGAAUACAAACUGUGCACUGUAUAGAGAUCCGUUCACAAAAUAAAACAGUUGGGUUUCUGAAGGUGAGAAACACUGCAGUAAUCCUGACAUGUUCGAAGUUUCGAAAUUCCGUAAUAGAUGAGACUCAGAGUUACUCUAGAUUAGUUUCACAGGGGUCCUUAAAUUGA